AUGCUCGCUCCUAUCUCUGCCUCUAGUAACGCUCUCCAACAAUACAGGAAGCAUCCUUCUUCAGGUCCGACGGAGCUUACCCUAGCCAUGGUUCGCUCUAUUGAAGAGGAUGACAAACCUACAAAAAGGGGUAAGAAAUUGGAAACCCAAAAAGAGGCACAAGUUUCCAAACCCACCAAAGCGAAAACCCCUCAGAAGCGAAAGUCUGAUCAGGCUGUUACCUCACCUCCUAAACCGAAGAAGCUAAAGAAGCCCGCUAGGAGGUUAAUACUAAAAUCUUCGAGUGACUCAGAUUCUGAGUAUGUUCCUCCCCAACAUAAGAUUGCUUCUCCUUCAGAAUCUGAGAGCGAAAGCUCUGAUGAUGACACUUCAGGACGAGGUGACACUCCGCCUCAUUCUCCUACCCCAGAAAUUCCAGUUUGCUCUAACCCUCCUUCACCCCCACCUGUAACCAUCCCUGUAUCUAUCCCUCCCAUUUUUCCCAUUCCAACCACUCAACCAUUCACUAUAAUUCCCAUCCCUACACCCAUAUUCACAGACACUACCACUACCACAACAGGCGGUGAGGACUUGGAAUUUGAUUCCACGUAUUUCAAUCCUUACCGAGCGCAGAGCGAUGAUGAUGACGAUGAGCUAGUUACGAAAUGUCAUCUCAAAGCAGUAAACGAAAAUAUUGAUCAAUUGCUCUCAUCCUCUUCCUCUGGAGCUCACUCUGAAGAAUCUUUAAAGGCCUUGUUCUCAUCUGUUGUCAAAGACCAUAGUGCCUCACUCUCUGCUGCAGCAAAAGCUAUUGAAGCCUCUACUUCACAGUGUCAACAAGCCUCACUUGCUGUUGAUGCUUCCACUAAGGAGUGCAAGGAAGCAACCACAAAAGUCAAUAACCUAGUUUCUGACGCUCAAUUGUUCUUAGAUUCCUUGCAGGCUGCUGCUCAGAAGAAUGCUCAAACUGUCAAUGCUUCAGUGGAUAAUCUUCAGCGGUCCCUUCAGUCUGACCGAUCCAAACAUGAAGCUACAUGCCAAGCGAUUGAAGCUGCAAAUGCCUCUCUACAUGCUAAUAUCAAUGAUCAUCUCACUCAACUUGAGGCCGAAUUGGCUAUAUAG